GUCGUCUUUCCCUCCAAUUUGCUUUCUCUGAAAGUUCAUUCUAAUUCCCCUCUACUGCACCCCGCUUUUUACCGUUACCCCCAAUGUCAAAGCCCUAAUUAUUCAUUCUACCGAAUCCCGUCCGAUUUCACGGGUAUUCUAUUAAGAUGGACGGCUCUACAGUGGAGCUCAGUCCAAACAAUCUGGCCACACCCAAGCGCCGGAAUGAUCGCCGGAAGUUGGUUCAGUCGACAUUGUUCCCUCAGAAAACUCAAGAGUCCGAUGACAGAGCUGAUGAUCAACAAGAGGAAGAAGAGGCACACUGUUGUGCGAAUGAGAACAAGAAGGGAAAGUCCAAACUGAAAGUUACUCCUCGAACCAAGAAUUCCAAGCAAAAGGAGAAGCAGCUGCAGAAUACUACGCCAAAGAAACGGUCACCCAAUGGGGUUAAGGGGGCAAGCUCACGGCAAAUGGUGAACGACGUGGCACAGAUUAAUAUGGCAGUCCCUGAUUUGCGUUUGGAGGCAAAACUGUCAGCUGAGGAAAAUUCGAGGAUGUUUGCUGGACGGCAAAUACAUCCCUUUUUUUCUUCAUGGAAGGUUGGGAAGAAACCUCAUGAGGCAGCUGAAUCGGAACUCAGUUUAUGUGGAGCGAGGAGGAAAGAUGAGGAAGUACUUGCCCGUGCUGCUAUUCAUGUGUUUGAAAAUAAUCAGGAUAUCAAUGAUACAUCAUUGCCAGACUGGAAAAACUGGACUUUUUUGGGGCAGACUGCCAAAGCAAAUUGCUGUCCAGAAAGUUCAUUUUCCUCUGUUUUUGAGGGUUCUAUUGAGCCCUUAAAUAUUGAUAAGCUUCACAGUACUUUUUAUCCCCCUGGCUGUAUAGAUUCUCAAAAUGUCCCAUCUGGUUCAGAUCAACAAUCUAUAGAAUCUACGCAGCCUCAAGUAGAAAAGUCAGCUGGACCGGCUGGAGGGCAAACAAGCCUUCAAUCACUAGAAGCUGAAUUGCAGGACAUGAAAGCCGAUACUGAGCAAGCUGGCAUUUUUAGAAAGUCAGAUCCUGAACCACAGAGUAGAUUUCUUCAAGAGAGCAUGAGGUUGUAUUACCAUAGUUGUGGAGAUAAGGCCGAGGGAACCUUAUGGACAUACAAGUACAAGCCAACAAAGGCCUUUGAGGUAUGUGGUAAUGAUGAGUCUGUGAAAUUUUUGCGUGACUGGUUACAACUCUGGCAUGGAAGACGUUAUCAGAGAAGGAAAGAUGCCUUGUAUAGGGAUAAAGUUGAUAUGCAAGGCGAUGACGAUGAUCAUGAUUAUGUCUGUUCUCAUUAUGACUAUGAUUCAGAAGACAUGACCGAGGAGGACUCCCUGGAGAAUGUCCUCUUAAUUACUGGACCAAUAGGGUGUGGGAAGUCUGCGGCUGUAUAUGCUUGUGCACAAGAGGAGGGGUUUGAGGUUCUAGAGCUCAAUGCAUCAGACUGUCGGAAUGGGACUGCUGUCAAGCAACACUUUGGAGAUGCUCUUGGAUCACGUGGGUUCAAAAGGUUAUUGGAACACACCAAUAGUUCACCAAUGAAGAAAAAGAGGAAGUUACCCUCAGGCCUGGCUUUGCCUUGUAACAAAGCAUCUGAUGCGUUAAAUGAAGGGGUAGCUGGACCAAUAGCCAUAUCUGAUGAUGAAGCUGUCUGCCCUGAUGCAAGAUCUUGGACAUUACCCGGCCACAGAAACUUAAUUGGGUAUGAUAAAGUCCAAACAUUAAUUCUAAUUGAGGAUGUGGACAUCCUUUUUCCUGAAGAUCGUGGAUGUAUUGCUGCCAUACAACAAAUUGCAGAGACAGCCAAGGGGCCAAUUGUACUAACCUGCAAUAGCAAUAAUCCUGCGCUGCCAGAUAAUUUUAGUAGAUUGUGUGUUUCUUUCUCAUUGCCAUCCGCAAAGGAGUUGCUGUGCCACUUGUACAUGGUUUGUGUCACAGAAGCAGUCAACAUUCAUCCUCUCAUAUUGGAGAAAUUUAUACAAUCUUGUGGCGGUGAUAUCCGCAAAACCAUCAUGCAUCUUCAGUUCUGGUUCCAGAGUAAAAGAUUAAGAAAAGACAGAAAAGCACAGAAAUUGUAUAGCUCGCUUCCAUUUGACCUUGAGGUUGGCCAUCAGAUACUGCCCAAGAUGAUGCCCUGGGAUUUUCCCUCUCAGUUAUCUGAACUAAUUGAGAACGAAGUUACCAAGGUAAUAACCACAAUGGAGGAAAACUCUAGUUUGCAGAGGUCAGUUGAGAAGCAGUUUGACGUAAAUGAAAAGCAAAGUGAUUCAGAGGCGCAGCAGAUGGGAGCUGAUUGCAUAGAGGCCAAAAAAGUAGAAAUGCUUGAGAGGAAUGGAUCUGUUACAGAAUACAGCGAAUUGGAGGCUCAAUUUCAUGCUCUUUCUGAGAUUUCAAAUUCUUCAUGCACCCCAGUUGCACCUUCUAAUCGAAAGAUUCAAAGGAAGCUUGUAGUGAUGUCCUCUGGUUCUGAGGAUGAGGGUUUAUAUAACGGGCAUCCUCUAGACAUGUGUGAUGAUGCUAACAAUGGACCAUCUCUUGAAGACAACGGUGAUUCUCCAUCUAAAUUUCCAAUUAAUAAUAAAUAUAGCAGCACGCCAUUUCUUAAUCGGCGUACCGGAUUGGAGGAGUCUGAGGUGGACCUGAGUAAACGUUUAGGAACAGCUGAUGGUAUGUGUUUAAAUGAAACAUCCAAGUCAUUUGAUGUAUCCUGCGUUCCAGAAUCAACUUUCGUUCCUGAGACCAUUAAUGAAGUGGAGACUAUCUCUGGAGCAGUGUCUUGUGGCAAUCUUGCUGAUCCUGUGGAAGUCUCUGUGAAUAACGAGUCACUACCAUUCACUUUCCGUGUCUGUAAUUGCUUAACCAAGCGAGCACAAGAUGAUGAUUUGUUGGGAAGUACCAAAAUACCAGAAUAUUCUCAAAAAGAGAUCUCGCAAGAUUUAGUUGAUGAAAAUAUGGAAACUACACCUGUGUAUAAUGUGAUGGAUGAAUGCAGUCGGGUGGAUUUCAAAAUGAAGUCCCAUUUUAUCGAACCCCUUCCAUCAACGGGGACUGAUGUUAUACAUAAGCUGUGGAGAGAACUUCGUGAAUGUCGAACAGAUUUAAGACAGCAUGUUGCCACUGAACAGCCAGGUGCUUUUCAAGUUGUUAAACUAGCUUGUGGUAUGAGCAAUCUAAUAUCAGAGGCUGACUUGCUGUUUAGCAACUACCAACAAAAAGAUUGUGAUAUUUUGGAAGCCCCAUCUCCACUUUUUAAUGAAGGCACAUUUAAUUGGUAUGAUGAGCAAAUGAUGGUAUCCACUGUUGCUGAACAUGGGUUUUGUUUUUACGCUAAGCACUUGUCAGAUAUGGGAUUGAAGUCAGGCCGCGAUAACUGUGUAGAUUUGACUUUGGAGAUGUUGGCUUCCACUACUAACAUAAUGGCCUUGGGCCAUUUAUCUAGACAGGGCCUCACAAACCGUACUAACCCCUGUACUGAAAAGGACUUAGAGAACAGGUCAAGAAAUGAUUUGCCAGGCAGCCAAAUGCAAACAUCACUGUUCGAUGUAGUCCAGUCCAUUGUUCCUGCGAGAUUAUCCUUAGCCCUGAAAGGUGUUGCAUUCAAUGAAUAUCUAUCUUCAUUGCGCCUUAUUGCCGGCUUAGAAGAUUUCCGCAUGUCACAAGGUGCUGAAAAGACUAGAAGGCGAAGGUACGUGUUGCCGAAGCCAAUUCUGGCACGGGUUGCUCAACAUUACUUGAGCAAGGGUACUAUGACGUUGUCGCGUGAAGAUAUAUCAUUGUUGUGUGAAGGAGAUCUGUACAGGAAGAUUUUCCCCAAGUAUGUUGCUGCCAGCAACAAGCUAUAUGGCGUUAAGCUUGAAACUAAAGGGUCAAAUAUUUCCAUGAAGUAGAUUUCUCGCUCUGUUGCCGCUUGCUAAUGGCAGGGAAAUCAGGCGGAGGUGAAAAUGCCCGUGCAGCUAGCGUCUCUAAUAAUUGUUGCUAGGACAGAGGACGAAGGUAGAUUACCCAAACUCUAGACAGCGUCUUGUAAUUCCGCGAAAAUGAAACUGAGCAUAGUCUUGAGAAAUCAGUGUAAUGUGCUGCAACGAGUGGAUGAAUAAGAGAUCCCGAGGGACAGAAUAUCAUUUGAGCUUGUAUAUGUUGUAGGAUGGUCCAUGCAAUGCGUAUGCGGAUGAUAGAUGAACUUUCCCUGGCUUCAAAUUUUCUGUGGCCUCCCAAAUCUUGUGUUGGUGAUCACCUACGAAGGAAAAUUUCUAUUGCUCAAAGGCUGAGUCUCCUGAUGAUCUAUGUGGUGAGACAAAUCCCCAGUUCCUAACACUUGAGUCUUACCGGCGACAUGGAAGGGUCAGCUUAUUGUCAUUUACCGCUACUGAAAAAAGGGAGGGGGUCACUUGGGGACCUCGUCGCUUCACUUUGAAAACUUCUAAAAAUAUUCUGAAAAGAUCAAGAUUUUGGCUCUCAAUCUGGAAGUGUCAUCUCUUUUAGAAUUUCCCCAUACUUUGGUGUUUAGCUUCACUUUUAGAAAUAUCAACUAUAUCUUUGGAUUUUCAUAACUACUUUUUUCUUGGGGGGUGAAAUGAUGAUAACAAAUUUGAUUUCAAGGGAAUCAUGAUUGUAUGAUGCCAAAAGCCUUGCCGUCCUGACGCGGCUGUAUUAGGAAGCAAAUGGGUGUACUUAAUAAGCUGUCAUGAUUAUUGAAGCCUAUUGCGGACAAGUCUGCGAUUGCUUGCUCUUGCUUUGCUUUGCCAAAACCUGACAUUCAACUUCAUCCUUGCGCUUCAUUUUUUGUUCUGUUUGGUUUGGUCCUCCAGAGCUGUGACUGUGAGCCUUUGAAAUGAGUCGCCCUGCUUCAUUAUGACCCCCUCACUCUCUCUCUCUCUCUCUCUGCCUUUCUUCCU